AUCAUCCAAGCCCAUUAUCGUCAUUUCACAACUAUCUCCACUUUUAUAUGUAUUCUUCCAUCUUCCUCUUCAUUGCUUUCUUCUUCAUCCUCUGGGUUGCAGAACUGGUCAAAUUCUCUUUCCUUCUUCUCUCGUCCCUCUGAAUCGUCAAAUUCCCAUUUCUUCGUCCCCAGAAACUGGAAUCGAGUCAUUCAAGUCUGCAAGAAUUAUUUUCUAUGUUCUUAUCGAUAAGUAAAUACAAAUAGGAAGGAUUGUUCUAAUUUAUGCGACGUUAGGGCUUCCAAAUUUCCCGAAUUUGUGGAAUUUGGAUAUGUUCUGUUGAAAAAUAUUGAGUUCGUUAGUAAGGUUACAAAGUUUGAGGUCAAUUUGUAUGAUUUAGUGCAGUUGUUGCUGUCGAAUUACCCAAUUUCGCGAAGUUAGGUUGUGGUGAUUGUCUUAUAAGGGGAAAAAUGUUGAUUUUUGAAAAUUUGAUGGUUUUGGAGGUAAUUUGAUCGGCGAAGAGUGGUGGGUGCGGAUGGAUUGUAGAAUCUGUAUGGCCACGGGGGACUUGUGGAUGAGACUGGGCGGCGUUGGUGGUGGGGUGGGUGACAUUGGAGGUGGGUUUAGCCACGAGAGUGAGCAUGACUUGGCGGUUAUGGUUAGUGAUUUCUUGGAAAAUGGAAGUAGUGGUGGGACAGAGUCAAGGUGGAGUAGCGACAGCGAUUCUGGGUUCUGCGAUCUUGCUCACCUUGCUGACAAGAUAUCUUAUUACAAGAAGUCAGUGGAUCAGUAUGUGAGCGAUUUGCUAUCAGUUGUUAAUUCUCUUAUGCUAUCUAUUAAAGGCAUUGAUCUUCACACUGUCAAGUCAGGACCGUGCAAUGCUAGUUGCAUCAGGUUUUCUCUGGUAAAGCUUCUGAGGUUUUCUGGUUUUGAUGCUGCUGUAUGCGCAUCCAAGUGGCAGGGUAGUGGUAAGGUUCCUGGAGGGGAUCACGAGUACAUAGAUGUGGUGAAUUACAAUGAUACUGGGAGCUCUGAGCGUUUCAUCAUUGAUAUCGACUUUCGGAGCCACUUUGAAAUAGCCAGAGCUGUUCAUACGUAUGAUUAUAUAUUGAAUUCCCUUCCAGUUGUUUACGUAGGAUCCUUGACGAAGCUGAACCAGUUCCUUCAAGUCAUGGUUGAAGCUGCCAGAUCUUCUCUCAAGCAGAACUCAAUGCCCCUUCCUCCAUGGAGAUCUCUCGCUUAUUUGCAAGCUAAGUGGCAGGCACCCUACAACAGAAAGUUUAAGCCUGAUGAACAGGAUGUUAACAGCACGAGUCCUGAGCAUAAGCAGUGCAGUGGACGUUUAAAGCGCCUGCAAUCUUUGAUCUAA